AUGUCUCGCGAGCGGCCCCCCCGCACCGACAUUCCCCGCAACCUGAGCUUCAUUGCCGCACUGACGGAGCGCGCCUACUACCGCAGCCAGCGGCCAAGCCUUGAGGAGGAGCCGGAGGAGGAGCCAGGAGAGGGUGGGGCGCGCCUCGGGGCCCGAUCCCGCUUUCUUGCUACGAAUCGGGGUCGCCGGGCUCGCUCUGCACCCGCCGGAGGCGGUGGAGCCCGGGCGCCUCGGAGCCGCAGCCCCGACACCCGCAAAAGAGUGCGUUUCGCCGACGCGCUGGGGCUGGAGCUGGCCGCCGUGCGCCGCUUCCGCCCCGGAGAGCUACCUCGGGUGCCCCGCCACGUGCAGAUCCAGCUGCAGAGGGACGCCCUCCGCCACUUCGCGCCUUGCCAGCCCCGCGCCCGCGGCCUCCAGGAGGCGCGCGCCGCCCUGGAUCCUGCCAGCGAACCCGGCUUUGCUGCCCGUUUGCAGGCACAGCGCAUCUGCCUGGAACGCGCCGAGGCAAGCCCCCUGGGAGUGGCCGGGAGCGCGCGCGUGCUGGACCUGGCCUACGAGAAGCGCGUGAGCGUGCGCUGGAGCGCCGACGGGUGGCGGAGCCAACGCGAGGCGCCCGCCGCCUACGCCGGCCCGGCCCCGCCCCCGCCGCGCGCUGACCGCUUCGCCUUCCGUCUGCCCGCACCGCCCAUUGGCGGCGCCCUGCUUUUCGCCUUGCGCUACCGCGUGACUGGCCAGGAGUUCUGGGACAACAACGGAGGCCGUGACUACGCUCUACGUGGGCCCGAGCACCCGGGCAGUGGAGGAACUCCGGAGCUGCAGGGCUGGAUCCACUUUAUCUGAGGCGCUUGCGGCGGACUGGGGAAUUACCAAAGUCAUCGGGGGCUGCGGGAGCCCGAAGAUUUGGAGGGGAGGAACGGGGAAAACCGAGUGGGAGUGGAUGGAAUCAGUUACAGUCUGGGAGAUAGGGUGGAAAACACUAGUUGGAUGUGAGUAAAAGGAACCCAAGGCAUAAGGAAAGGAGACCGGAAAGGGCCUUGGAAGGAUUAGAAACAAGCAAAAGAAUAGUAAUGAUGGUGACAUUCUCUUCACGUGAGUUGGCUCUGGGAGAAAGUUCGUCGGGUAUAGGCAGUCGAAGGGUUAAAGUACAUCUUUGCGAUUAAGGAGGUGUUUUGUGUGAACAAGCAACCCAUCCCAGUUGAAGUCAUUUAGAUUGCUUGCUCAUUCCCUUUUCUUACCCAGCUUUGCGACCUCAGGUAUCCCAGCCCUGUCCAUCCCAGUUUUAACUCAGCCGUAAUUGCCUUGCUGAAGUCCCAGGAACUUGGCCAUUGCUCCCUAGUCUCUGGCAUUGUGACAGAAUUUCCGUGUCACCCCUUAUUGUCCCUGGCUUCAGUCUCUAAGAACUGGCUGGGGAGUCAUGACAGGUAGCAGUUAGAGCUCCUUCAGCCUUCUGGCCGCUCUUGGGGGUUAAAAUGAAGGCCAAAACCAAUUCCAGGCUUGUCCUGGUAGCCAAAUAAUGCAACGCUUAAAGGGUGUGUACACUCAGGGGCUUUCAGGGAAAUACCAGGGUUACCUUUUUGGGAUGCCUUCUAAUGACCUCUAAGCACUUUUUGGGCUGUGUUUGUCAAGGGACAGUGAGUCACAAGAAUCACUAUUCUGAAUCUACUUCAGGAGACAAGAAAGACCCUGACUAGCUGUAUAACUUUGGGCAAGUUCCUUCACCUCUCUGGGGCCUACUUUCCUCCUUGGGAAAUUGGAUUUGGAUCAGGUGAUCUCUUAGGGCCCUACUUGCUUUGACAUUACCAUGUGUGAGUGGUGCAGUGUAGAUUAGAAGCCACAUUGUCCAACCACACUGCAGAUGGAGUGCUACAGUUCAGAACACAGCAGGCCUAGCAUCUGGUUGGAGCUGAGGAUAGGUCCUCCACAGCCCGCAACCUCGGUAUUCAGGCCUCUUUCAAACCACAGCGCAUCCUCUGCCCUUGCUUCUUGCUCUGGUUCCAGCCUGGGUUGUCUGAGACAGCUUUGAAGAGGUGCAUCUCUCCUGGGGGGCGGGGGGUGGUGCUUGGGAGUCCCAAAGAUGAAAGGAAACAAUGCUGUAGGCUCUCUUGAGAAUAAAGGAUUAUGGAUAUAAGAAAAGGAAAACAUUUUAUAUCAAGAAUCAAAGCAGCUUGGAAAUUAGGCCUGGCUGAGCAACUCAGUUGGUUGGGUGUCGUCCUGUACAUUCAGUUCCUGGUCAGAACACAUACCUACAAUGCAGGUUCGAUUCCUGGUCAGGGCGAGUUGGAGAGGUAACCAAUUGAUGUUUCUCAUAUCAAUAUUUCUCUCCCCCUUUCUCUAAAAUCAAUAAAUAUA